UAAUUUAUUGGCAUUAGAUGAAUCACACGGUAAUAUCAAAAGAUUCAAAAGGUUGGUGUGAUUGCAUGCUUUAGCAAAAAAAUUGAUUGCAUAUUCCUCCGAGUCAUACCAAAAGAAGAAAAGAUCUGAAGGUUAGGUAAGCAAAGAAAUGAUAAAGAGGAUGCUUGUUGGAGGGUAAGCACACAAGCAAGCAAAAGGAACAAAUUAGAGAGAUUGCAUAUUUUUCGUGCUGCUAAUUAGGAGUGUUGAUAGUCUUGAUAUAUUUUCUUUCUCUUAAGGAACCAGCAAGGAGCAUAAGGAACAGGUCAUAAUUGAUUGGACAAGCCAUUUGUCAAAAUGAUGAAUAUGCUGCUUUUUGUACUAUGUUUGAUGACUAGCUGUACUGGACAUGGAGUUCAUGGAAUUCCAAGUAUUAACAAGCCUCGUGUCAAGAGCAUUCAGAAAGAGUUGGCAUAUGAGGUUGAUUGCAUUGACAUUAACAAACAACCUGCAUGAUCACCCUUUACUGAAGAAUCAUAAGCUGCAGAGAAAACCUAACUUUCAGAAAACAGUGAAGGACUCACCAACUGAACCCAUAUUUGGGCUUGAGAAGAUCCAGUGUCCUAAUGGAAAAGUUCCUAUUCGGAGGAUAACUAAAGAUGACCUCAUUCAACCCAAAUGGUUUUCAAAGACCAUAUGCCAAACCCUGGACAUUCAAGUUGCAGAAAUGUCUCUCAAAACAUCUCUAAAUCCUCCAUAUCAUGGGGUUAGUGGAGCUACAAGUAUUUAUAACCCGAGGGUUAAAAGUGAUCGAUCAAGUUCAGCUGAAAUAUGGGUUCAAAUUGGAGAACUGGGUGGGAUGAAUAAAAUUGCCUCUGGAUGGCAUGUGGAUCCAGGAUUAUAUGGUGAUAAUAAAACCCAUAUUUACUCUGCAUGGACGUCAGAUAACUUCAUGAAGACUGGAUGCUACAACACACUAUGUCCAGGUUUUGUUCAGAUUGACAAGGGAAUUAUGGUCGGAGCGCAGGUCCAGGACACAUCCGUCUAUGAUGGAGUGAUGGUUGAGAUGAAUGUUUCUAUUUUACUGGAUACAAAAACCAAUAAUUGGUGGGUGAUUAUGCAAUAUAGGAGUGUUGGAUACUUCCCAGCAUCUUUAUUCUCCAAUAUGACCAGUGCAGAUCAUGUGGGAUGGGGUGGCAGAACAUCAACUCCGCGGCAAACUCCUAGUCCUCCAAUGGGAUCCGGAUACUUGCCUGAUUUUAAUUCUGUUCAUGCUUGUUAUUUUAGGAAUAUUUCAUACCAAGAUGAAACCGGGCCAAACAAAGCUCCCAUAACUUAUCUAAUGGAGACAUCCCUCACAGACGCCAACGGUAGCUGUUCUGAUAUUCAGUAUUAUGGAUAUAGUGGAUUAGAAUCUGGAUGCAUGAUUCAAUUUGGAGGACCUGGGGGUGCUAACUGUGGGGGUUCUUGGGUGUGCUAACUGUGGCAUUUAAUUAAUAUCCUGAAUUAGUUAUGACUAUCAUUCUAGUAUAUUAUAAAAUUCACAAGUACUGCUUCUUGUUUUAUGGAACCUGACUUCUUAUUGGUUUUUAAACACAUUUGUGAUUUUA